AUGACAACAAGAACAAAUCCACAGUCAUUCUAUUCAUCAACACAUAAUAAUAAUGAUGAUCAACUAUUUGCUAACGAACAAAUACAACGUUAUGAUGCAGACACAAUAAAAAAUCGUUAUGGCGAUAAUUGGAGAAACUAUGCAUCAAAUGUCCGUGAAAUAAAACAAGCUGACGGAUCGAUUGUACGAGAAUAUAUUAUUGACGAUCCAAAUUUACUUAAAGGAAUAAAACCAUCAUUAAUUUCAACAUCAUCAACAACAGGUUCAGACGACGAACAACAAACAUCAAAACAUAAAUUUGCACAAAUAAAAGCUAAAUUUGAACAAAAAUCUUCAAGAAAUAUUAUGGCAUCACCAUCAUCAUCAUCAUCUUUAGCUAGUAGUAAUACAACAACAACAACAACACGUCCAAUUUCUGAUAAACAAACAAAUGAAUUAUAUAUGAGAAAUCGACCAGGAUCAACUGAUUCAUCAAUAAUUCAUCGAACAAGUGUUGAAAUGCCUGUUGCAUCCCGAAUAUCUUCAAAUAUAAGUCAAAAUACUUCGAAUAGUCAAUAUUCACAAUCAACAUUAAAUUCAUCAAUUCGACGUUUAAAUUCAGCUGAUGAAGCUGAUGAAGAAGUUCAACGUAUACAUCGACAAGGUGAAGAAUAUCGUCAUCAUCCAAAAACAUUAACACCAAUAUCAUCAAUAAAUGAAACUAAACAACAAACAAAUAAUCAAUAUGAAAUUAUUGAUGAAAAUGGAAAUGCAAUAUCAAUUGAUCGUGUUGAUGAUUUAAUUAAAAUGUCUGGUGUUACAGCACGAGAAGUUCCACAACCUGAUGGUACAUUUAUUCGAGAAUAUGUUAUUGAUGAUCCAGAAUUAUUAUCACAAUUUCGUUCACAACAAUCAUCAACGAUUCCUCAACAACAACAACAACAACAACAACAACAACAACAACAACAACAGCAACAACAACAACAACAACAACACCAACAGCAACAACAACCAAUAUUACAUGAAAAUAUUCCACCACCACCACCACGUAUGCCAUUAAGACAACAAUCAAUGUUAUUUCAUCCUCAAAAUUCAUCAAUAUAUGAUCAACAAUCAUCAAUAAAUAUUGAACAUAUACGUACACUUGAGCCACAACGUCGUUAUCAAUAUAUAACAACAUCUGGUAAACGUAUUGAAUUUAUGGUUACAAAUAUAGGAACAGAAAAUCAAAUAAUUAAUGAUUCGGAUAUUCAUGAAUUAUCUAAUGCUAUUAAUACACGUCUUAUACCAUCAUCAAUUUCGAAUACAACACAACAACCAUUUACUUUACCUAAACAAUGGCAACCAGCUGUUGAUUUAACACAUCGUGAAGGACCACCACGACAACGAACUGGUUCAGAUAAUCAAUCAAUACCAAAUAAUUAUAAUAUGAAUUUUCAACAUGUACAACCUGUGCAAAUGGAUUUAAAUCGUUCAGCAUCAUAUGGUGCACUUAAUCAAGAAGCUUAUCAAACACCAUUUGCACCUGUAUUUACAGAACCAAUUAUUGAUUGGAGUGCAAUUCGACAACAAGAUCCACAUGGUCAAAUUGAUCCUCAACUUAUACAACAAUUUAUUACACAAAAACAUCAAAAUGGAAGUUUUCAAACAUCAGCUCAAUUUUUGCCUGAACAAAGACGACAACAAGAACAAGAACAACAACAACAACAACACCAACCACAAAUGACAAGAUCAAUGCAUUCACCAUCAACAUAUAAUACUCCAUUUUAUUAUCAACAACAAAUACCUUAUCCUUAUCAAGGACAACAACAACAUGGUGUUAGAAUUAUUAAUAAUAAUACUAAUAAUGAUAUGAAUUUCUAUCAACAACAACAACAACAACAACAACAACAACAGCCAACUGUGGUUGCUUAUGAACAUGCUAGAAUUUAA